UGUCGUCGUCCUUCGACAAAAUGUCAAAGACAGCAGCAUCGUGCCGUCACCUUGGUUGCGAGGUGAAGCACAGCCGGGGAGGACGACGGGGUGGGCAGUGUACCAGCCACCUCAACGAGCCGUUCAAUCCCAAAUGCCCUGCCUGUACCGCUGCACUUGCCGCAGGUACUCGUCGACUCGACGACUCUACUGGUCGUCGUCUGCUACGCUCUGUCUCCCAAAGCGAGUACGCGUGCCAGCAGAGCCGCUGCUCAUACACGGCGGCCGAUCAGAUUGAGGGCACGUACGAGGAGCGGAUAGCGGCACUUAGAGCGCACGAGGCGCGCGAGCAUGCGAGCGGGAGCGCCGAUGCCGAUGAUGAUGAGGCGGCGGCGUCGAGUGGAAAGACUGCCAGGUCGCAGAGCAAUGGCACGGGCGCGCCAGCAGGAGACAGCUCGACCGACUCGGCGGGGCGGGCUGGGCUCUGCUCGCACACGGGGUGCGAGUGGCGGUCGACGGCGGCGACGCCGCGGGACCGGCGCAAGUCGGCGCGCAAACACCGACAUUGCGUGGCGGUCCAUCUCGAGCACAUCGACUCGGGCGAGUCGGGCGAGUGCUCGUUCUGCGCCAAGCUGACAGCGUCAGGCGAGUGGGGCGCGUCCGACAUUGCGCGGGCGCGUUCGGCACCAAGGCGCGGAUCGGCGUCGCGGAGCGCAUCACGAAGCGCGUCGCGCGGCAGCGGGCGCGGGCGCAACGGCGCGAGCGCGGCCCGUUCUCGUGUCUCCAUUGUUCCGCCACAGGCGAUGACCGGCAGCCCCGAGCGUGGAUCGAGCGGCGACCUGACCGCGUUUUCGGCGCCGGUCACGCCACCGUCGAGCUCGGGCCCGAACGGCCCGGCGAUUCCGACGUCGAACCUGCUCAAGGAGCAUCUGCGGCGGAUGGGCAACGCGGUGCCGCGGCCGGAGGCUGCCGGGCUUCAGGUCGACAGCACAACCAAGCGGGUGUCAACGACGCGGCGGCUCAACGAGUGCCCACACGAGGGGUGCACCUGGCGGCCACUCAUUCUCUCGUCGUCGCCUCUGUAUGACGACGCCAUGGCGAACCACGCGAGGUCGGCGGCGGCGCACAAGGAGCACGUGCACUCGACUGGGAUCGGGUGUGCGGCGUGCCUCUUCCUGCUACAGUCGGGAGUGUGGUCGGCGGACGCGGUGUACGGGCAGGCGUGGGAGGUGGAGCAGGUGACACUCCCGCAGUUCCUCCCGUCGCCGACAGUGAUGACGACGCGGUCGUCGAACGACAACACGCCGCCGGUGCUGGCCAAGCCCGCUGCUGGCGUAGGGUUCAGCCAGCCGCACAUUGGCGGCCUCCCGCUGCCACAGCACGCGCCGUCGAAGCGGCCACGCGCCGCCGCUGCCGAGCUCAAGCGGCGAGCACUCAAAGACGAGCAAGACUACACCCGCGACGUGCGGCUGAUCAAGGCCGGCGACUCGGUGCUCUCGGCCAAGCUGCCGUAUGGCGGCGAGACCGAGGCGCUGCUCCAGGUGCUGCGGCCGUCGGAGCGGCCGACUGACACGGUGCCGUACCCUUUCUCGCUGCGGCAAAGGGAGGUGGCGGCCCGCCGCAAGAAACGAUCGGCGCCGCCAGCCUUUGAGGCCGUCGCCUACACCCGUAACUUCCUGUCGUCAGAAGAAGUGACGACGCACAUGACCAAGUUCUCUACCCAGCUCAAGAACAUGCUACGCGACGACCUCGCGUCGCACACCGAGUACUACAAGUCGCUCGGCGGGGCGGUCCUCGAUCUGGCACGGCAAGUGUAUGCACUCAAGGCCGAGCUGCGGUCGACGUGGAACUCGCGCUACCACCUCGACUAUGCCGACGAGCAGGCCGAGCGCUCCCGCCGCAAGCGCGAACGCGAGCGCGAAGACCGCUUGGAGGCCGCGUCGGCGGCAGCAUCGAAACGGGCGCGGCUGCUGAACGGGAACGCGGCGCCGGGCGUGGGCGGAACUGCUCCCAGCACGGCAAGCGGGACAGCUGCGACCGCGCCGGCCGCUGCCUCCAAUCCCCACCACGCUGUCCACAAGGCCAUGGUCUCGUCUGUCCUCACCCGAAAGCGGCGGUCCAAGUUCUGGUCCAAGUUUACAGUCUCUGUCCUCAAUGGCAUUGUCGGGCAGCUCGAGCACUGCGACGGCGCCGCCGAGGCGUACGCACGGUUCGAAAAGAACGGUGGCUUUGACAUUCGCCGCUAUGCCAGCGACGACGCGCUCUAGCGAGCGCUCGCGACCGCGUUCACGGGCUCGUGACGCUGGGCUUAAAUUGCAUCGGACGGCCGUAGA